AUGGUUGAUCGAGAUGGUAAAAAACCGUUUGUUAUUCCGAAAACGCAUACAUCCAAUCAAGAUGUACUACUCUCAGAAAAGUCCGAUAGUCGCAACGUGAAAGAAUUGUUUCAUGAAAUCAAAUCUUGUGCGCUGGAAACUCAUUUUGACUUUCGAGAAAAUGAAUGUCAAUCAUGUGAUAUGAUACGAAAUUCCAAACUACAAAAACUAUUUAAUGAAAGGAAGAUUCGAAUGAAAAAAUCUCAAGAUCAAAUCGAACGGUAUGCUUUUCAUCUUGUUUUAACGCGCGAUAUGGCGACGAAGAUCGCCACUGAUGGUAUAUUAUGUGGAGAAUUAACAUUUUCAAUUGAUAAAUAUCUCGGUAAUCCAAAAGAUGGAAUUCAUUUAUCUCGACGUCCAGACAUUCUUCUAGCCUCGACUAAUUCACAAAAUCUUCGCAAAUUCGGUCUGUUAAUUUGUAAAAUACUCUUGGGCAAAGGCUAUCCAACUGUACCAGCUACAGCGAACAAAGAUCUCUCUGCCCAGUUACAUCAUGAUCAUCAUUUUUGUAAAAUUCAGACACUGAACAAAGAACAACGGAAUAUCGAUGAUUUAUUAGCAAGUUCUCUAGUUUUCUGUUAUGAACAUAAUGAUAUGGAACCAAUGACUCGGCCAUCUCAGGUACUUCCUCUCGCUAUUUUGUGGUAUGAUUUAACUGAAAAAUUCUCGUGUGAACUCGUCCCCGCACUCAAACAACCUCAGCAGCGACACAUCAAACCACUUCAACAAGUCAAUUCGUAUCGAAUGAAACGAACAGUUGAGCUCAUAUCGAAACCAGUGGUUCCACUCAAAACAGAUAUUCAAAAUGAACCGAGUGUAACUUCGUCAAUUAUAAAAACUAAUGAAACUACACCCACAAAAUACUCAAAUGAAUCAAUGAUUUCAUAUUCUUCACUCUACACAUCAUUUAGUACAACACGAACAACUACUACUCCCGUCGAAAUUGUUCCACUGUCUCCUCUCGAAAAGUCCACAUCAUCAAAGCAACGCUUAGCUGAAAAAAUCAUUCCUUUGACUCCAGCUAAUCCAUCGAUUGACCCGCGUUUAAAAUCCUUAAAACAAACGCAUGACGUGUUCUAUUUGGAAAAUACCGCUGUUAAACGAGCUUUACAACAGCAGAAGCGUUUGAACAACUACUGUGAUACAAGAAAUGAGCUAUUAACCAAACGAACGAGUUACACAUUGAUUCCCUAUGUAGUUCAACCGAUGUGUAUAAAUGAAUACGAACGUCAGCGAGAGAAUUCGCUGACCAAAGAUGACUUCUCACUUCAUGUUUCAGUAGUUGAUUGUUUUCAAUUGGGUUUGAAACGAUCCGACACGCAAUCGCAUAUCGAUCUAGAAGAUACGACGAAUCAGUUUGCUUAUGAACAAAUUCAAAUGUCGAAUCGAUUGAUCGAACAUGAAAAAUACUUGAAUUCUCAAGAGAGACGUUUGAAUUUACGUGAGCGACGACAGAGAAAAUUUCAAGAGUAUCUGAACGAACGAAAGAAAUAUGAAUUACCCAAUUCUCGAAUAUGCAUUAAUAACGGUCGAAAGUUAUUGAAAGAACGGCAAGUGAUUUCAUCGUCGAAUACUCAUCUAUCAAGUGAUUUAUUGGAUUUUCUUUGCAAUGAGUAUCGACAAGAGACCCGACCACAAGUCAAACGUAUUCUAGAAGAACUUUCCGGUAUUCUUAUGGAAAAAUACGGAUUAGACGAUCCGAAAUCAAAUCAAACAGCCAGUGGUCAGCAAGUCAAUACUCAAUCAAACAGUGAUAUCGUGAAUAAUGACAACGAUAUUUCAUUGACUCAGGCAUUAAACGACUAUGACGAGCGAUUUCCUUCAGAAAAACCAGUACCGAUCGAAUCUCUUGACAAUCGAGCAAAUAUCUCUUCGUCUUCGGCUGAUAUUAAUGAAUCUUCUACUCAGGAAAACUCUCAAACUGAAUUGUUACCAGCGGAAGUCAAUCUUCCAAUCAAAGAUCCUUCUUUUCAACAAAUCGAAGCAACAGCCAAUGAUAUUCCUCCAAUGAUCGAUUCCAACUCCACUUUCGAUCAAUCACGGGAAGAAUUUGUGAAUUUAUUAACUAAAGAAGCUUCUUUAUCGAAAUCACUAAGUCCUUCAUAUCGACACUCUAUGGACGACGAUAUGGAAAUAGAUACAAAUAACUUCCAACCGUCUACACGAACAGUUACUUUGGUAUCUAACAAUAAUGAUGAUAAGCUGUUUAUUGAAACGACAAAUACCAAUGGAGACGAAGAGCAACAGCAGCCGAUAGUUAAACGCAUCAAAGUCGAUUUAGUUCCGAUAUCAAACGAAGAUAUCAAUCCUCGUCGAGUCAUAACUUGUGAUAGUUACGAAACGAAUCUCAGUUUUUCACGUUCUCGUUCGAAAUCCAAUAGCUCACGUGGUUCUUCCAUACAGGAUUCUCGAACAAACUCACCUUCAUCAAUAAUAAAUCGAAAUUCAUCGAAUAGAAAUGACUAUCAACGAAGAAAUCGAUCAUAUGAUCGAUCCUUCCAUUACAACCAACGAAAGUGUAAUCCAACCACGAUGUCGUUAGGUCAUCAACGAUUCAAUUAUAAUCAUCAGUCAGCAGCUGACCAUCCACGUUUUGCUAACAGUGUCGAUAAAAUACCAUCCUUACUCGACAUAAAUGAGCAUGACCUUAUAAGAAUCGCAAACAAUCCAUCAAUAACAAAUUUUAAUCAGAAUUUGGCGCCUUCCUACUACGAUACACCACCUUCAAAUCAACUAUUUUAUCAAGAUACUAUUGUGCCACCACCACCUCCACCUCCACCACCACCACUCAUGUCAACUGUUCCACUCUUUCCAAAUGCAUACGAACAGUCGGACACGAUCGAACGCUUACAAACACUUCUCCAGUAUAGAGAAUCCAUGAUUCAACAGGAUCUGCCAUUCUCAUCAUCAACGUUUGUGAACAAUUCUCAACCUGGAAGGAAUCUUCCUCAAUGGUCUUCAAGUCAGUUUUCUUCGAAUACAACUUUACAAAACAACCAAACAUUUCCCCAUACCGAUGCCGAACAUCUCUUAGCACUUAUAAAACGAUUUUCGUAA